UCUGAAGAUAAACCGACUUAUAAAUCUUUAGGUCAAAGCUAUAAUCUUUCAGUUGAUUAGUCAUGGAAUGUUAACGUAACGCAAAAAUAAAUAAUCUUGACUAAAAUUAUGAUCAUAUACAUAAUUUAUUUCGAGAUAACUGAAAAUAAAAUCAACGAGCACAGAAAAACUAAAGACCCGAAUAGUGACAGUGCUGAUUGUGUUGUAGAGAAGUAGAGCACAACAAAUUAUAAAAAUAAACAAAAACGUGACAAAAAUAUACAAGGUAAAUAAUAAUUUUAACAAAUUAAAAUCGUUUAAAAGUUCGUUUAACGUCAUACGUAGAAAAUAUAUAAAUCGUUUAGUGUACCGGUGAUCGCAUAUUAGUUAUUACUUACCUAUCUAUAAAAUAUAUCAAUUAAUCGAACAGCUAAUAAAAAAUUUCUUCAAAAUCUAACGAUUUAUGUAUUCACUCUUGGCCUGUGGUUUUCGCUGGUUACUCAACUAUUAUAGUACACUGCGCGUGCAGUCUUACACAUCGGAAAAAUCGACCAGCGAGUAAACUCGUCAAAAAUAUUGAACCAACUGCCGCUAUGAAGAUCACACGGUCGCCGACGGCAAUCCGGAUGCUGCGAAACGGACCGGCCGUCUGCUUCCGUAGUCCUGGCGAUAGACUGCCGCCGCAACUUAACACAUCGUCGUUGGCAAUCACUGCGACGACCCAGCUCAACAGCAACCAUCGGCUGCAGAAACCCAAUUGGGAUCGUGCGGUAUCCGAAGCAGAGAAAAUUGUUGGCUAUCCGUCGUCGUUCCUGAGUCUCAGAUGGCUGUUCAGCGACGAGAUAUCCAACAUCGCGCUGCACCUACGCCGCAUGGUCAACUCCAAUCACCCGCUACUGAAGACAGUUAAAGGGUUGCUAAAUAAAGGCCAGAAUACCAUGCAAGCUUGGGGGCUGAUCGUGUUACUCGUAUCCAAAGCAGCCGGUCAUACGAACGUGGAUAGCUCAGCGGACGAAGAUAAGUCGGGCGUAUUGCGCAGUCAGAGGGCAUUAGCUGAGAUCGCAGAAAUGAUCCGAACUAGCCAUCUGAUGCACAAUGGUCUCAUAAAUAUAUGUCCGGAAAUAUCCUCGGAACCUAUCGACCACAAUGACAUGAGUUUCGGUAACAAAAUCGGCUUGCUCAGCGGCGACUAUCUCCUGGCCAAUUCUUUCAACGAACUGUCGAUGCUCAAAAAUCAAAACCUCAUGGAACUGAUCAGCAGCGCCCUACGCGACCUGUCCGAGGCCGAGUUUUUGGGCCGCAGAGAUUCGCAAAACAAUCCACUGCCGUCACCGUUCGAACCGCUCGACCGUGUGCACGACUUGACUCGGCUGCGGUUCAACCCGCUCCAGUCAUCGUCCGAACGACUGCAGGGCGACUUGCCACUCACGCCCGCCCUGCACGACUGGACCAGGCGCAACGUACUGUCAGUGGGCAGCCUGCUGGGAAAAUCUUGUCAAGGCGCGCUCCUAUUGGCCGGCCACGGCGAGCAGCUACAGAAACAGGGCUUUUUGUUCGGUAAACACUUGUCGCUAGCCUGGCAGGCAUAUUUAGAUUUGGAACCAUUUUUGUCUGGUUCAAUGUACUCAUUGGGAAUGUCUUUCAACCUCACUUCAGCACCAGUUAUAUUCCACCUCGAACAUGAUUCGUCAUUAUUUAAAGAAAUUGACAAGGGCAUUAAUUCAAUUCAAGACGUCGACUAUGUCAAAGUACAUGAUGUUGUGAUUAAAGGUCCAGGAAUUAAUUACACAAAACAAUUACAAAAGGAGCACUCAGAAAAAGCUAUGGAAAUGUUGAACGUUUUCGAAGAGAGUGAUGCCAAAACAGCAUUAUCUAACAUAAUUGUUGCUAUGGACCGCGAAUAAGGUAUUCUAAAACUGACUCAAAUUUUUUGAACAUCUGUGGAAAAUAAUAUAAAAUAUAACUAUAGACUAUAGUUAUAGGUAUACUAAAUUUUAUAAUACCUACAUAAACAUGA